UGAGGAGAAAAAGUGUCCUGUUCAAGAUUUCAUAUUAGCCAUCAGCAUCUCAAACUCCCUCUUUCUCACUGUCCUUUGCUGCGGGUCGGACGCACGCGUCCCACACCUGCAUACAGCUCCCAGUAUUCUUGCGGACCAUCCUGUAUCGAACGUCGCAGUAGGCAACCCGCAUACACUGCACCAAUUGACCGAGCCAAUACUGACAAGACUUCACAUUCAUUCAACCCAAAAAUAAUAUAAAUCAAGGAUUGGAAAACAGUAAUCGAAAUGUUUGUCAAAGGAAUGCGACCAGUAAGGCUCCUGUUCCUUCUGUGUGCAGUUUGGCAUCUGUUCCUGGCCUUCCCAACCCAAACCUCAUACAUCAAAGACCCGGAUGAUGUCCAACAGCUCCGUGUCACCGUCUCCAAGACGAUCCCAAUCUCCACUGCACCCCCUGGGCGGCUCCAUCACAGUCCCCCUGUCAGGUGUCUCUGUCCACUGGACCUCCCCAUCUCCUUUGACCCCUAUCCCACCACGGGUCAAGUGGAGUGUGGUGCGUGACGGGGAGCAGGGAGGGAGACAGAGGAUUCUGGUGGUGCGAGGUGAAAGGGUGAAGGUCAGUGAAGCCUAUCGGCAGCGAGCCCAACUGGUCCGGUUUGUCGACUCGCCCGAGGACUUCUCCCUUUGGUUGCGGGAUCUGCGAUCCAGCGACACUGGGCACUAUCGCUGCGAGGUACAGCAGGGUCUGGAUGACUCCAAUGACUUCACCCAAAUCAAGGUCAAAGGAGUGGUGUUCCACUACAGACACGCCUCUGGCCGCUAUGCAUUCUCUUUCAAUGAAUCCCAGCGGGCGUGCGAGGGCAUUGGGGCACACAUUGCCACUCCAGACCAGCUUUUGGCGGCCUACCAUGACGGCUAUGAGCAGUGUGAUGCCGGAUGGCUUGCUGACCAAUCUGUCAGAUAUCCAAUCCAAGUUCCCCGGGAAGGUUGCUAUGGUGACAUGGAUGGGAGCCCAGGAGUGAGGAACUAUGGGACACUGGAAGCAGAUGAACUGUUUGACGUGUAUUGUUAUGUAGAGCAUAUUGAUGGGGAAGUGUUCCAUGGCUCUGCCCCUCUGCAGCUUUCAUUUGAUGAGGCACGGGCCUACUGUGAGAAGGAAGGGGCGGAGGUGGCUACCACCGGGCAGCUGUACAUGGCGUGGAGUGAAGGUCUGGACCGUUGCAACCCUGGCUGGCUGUCUGAUGGCAGUGUGCGCUACCCCAUCAUCACACCUAGGGAGCGCUGUGGAGGGCCUCAGUCAGGGGUCAAGACCUUGUAUCGCUACAGCAACCAGACAGGCUUCCCUGAUCCAUCCAGCCGCCAUGAUGUUUACUGUUUCAAAGGUAAUGGGAAUCCUCGCACUGCUGCCCCCAUGGACUACAUGGCCACAGAGCCAGAAGACAUUGGACAAGAUAUUGUUGUUUUCAUGGAGCCUGCUGAGGAGCUCCAUCUAAGCCAGGCUGCAGAGCAAGUGGAGCGAGAGGCCCAGAGUGUUCUGGAAUCCCUCCCUGUGUUCCAGUCAGCUCCAGCUCAGGAAAACUUCCAGGGGACUCCCGCUGAUGCUGUGAUUAGUACAAAAGUCCCCCUCGCCCAGUCAGCCUUUACCCAACACUUCCUCCAGGCCUCUGAUGAUACUCCAUUUUCUAUAAAAAAUUACUAUCAUCCCCAGAAUCCUACUUCCCUACCUAGCACCUCCAGUGAGCCAGACUCACUCCAUGAAGAAGACUAUAAUUCCCAGAAUUCUACUUCCCCAGCUAACACCUCCAGUUUGCCAGACUCACUUGAUGAAGAAGAUUAUCAUUCCCAGAAUCCUACUUCCCUACCCAGCACCUCCAGUGAGCCAGACUCACUCCAUGAAGAAGACUAUCAUUCCCAGAAUUCUACUUCCCCAACUAGCACGUCCAGUUUGCCAGACUCACUUGAUGAAGAAGAUUAUCAUUCCCAGAAUCCUACUUCCCUACCCAGCACCUCCAGUGAGCCAGACUCACUCCAUGAAGAAGACUAUUAUUCCCAGAAUUCUACUUCCCCAACUAGCACCUCCAGUUUGCCAGACUUACUUGAUGAAGAAGAUUAUCAUUCCCAGAAUCCUACUUCCCUACCCAGCACCUCCAGUGAGACAGAUUCCCUGCAUGGAGAAGACAAUCUUUCCCAAAAUUCUACUUCCCUACCCAGCACCUCCAGUGAGCCACACUCACUCCAUGAAGAAGACUAUCUUUCCCAAAAUUCUACUUCCCUACCCAGCACCUUCAGUGAGCCAGAUUCACUCCAUGAAGAAGACAAUCUUUCCCAAAAUUCUACUUCCCUACCCAGCACCUCCAGUGAGCCACACUCACUCCAUGAAGAAGACUAUCUUUCCCAAAAUUCUACUUCCCUACCCAGCACCUUCAGUGAGCCAGAUUCACUCCAUGAAGAAGACUUUGACUCUGCACAUUCUACUUCCCUGCCCAGCACCUCCAAAGUGCCAGGCUCACUCAAUGAAGAAGACUAUGAAUCUCAUCAUUUUACUUCCCUACCAGGCACCUCUAGUUUGCCAGACUCAAUUGAUGAAGAAGACUAUCAUCCCCAAAAUUCUACUUCCAUACCCAGCAACUCGAGUGAGCCAGACUCACUCCAUGAAGAAGACUAUAACUCCCAGCAUUCUACUUCCCUACCCAGCACCUCUAGUGAGCCAGACUCACUCCAUGAAAAAGACUAUUACUCCCAGCAUUCUACUUCUUUACCCAGCACCUCCAGUGAGCCAGACUCACUUCAUAAAGACUAUCACUCUCAGCAUACUGAUUCCCUUCUCAGCACUACCAGCAUGCUCGACGUCCUCCAAGGAAGCAACUCCAGUCUCAGCAAGCCUGAGACAGAAGCAAGCCCAGAAUUUCCAGAGCCUUCCUAUGAACCACAUAGACAUUACCAGUCAAUGCCAGAGAUGAACCAGGAGGAACCUGAAUACCAGCAGUCAGGAUCUUCGAAACAUUUUCAGCCAAUGCCAGAGACAAACCUUGAGUUGGAUGAAGUGGAAGGCGACUACAGCACAACAGAAGGAAACCAAAGUAAUCAGGAGAAAGCACGAGAUACUACCGAAAUGGCCUUUGACCCCAUGGGGAGUUCUACAGGUGUACAUAAACCAACUGCCGAAAGAAUGCACAAAGAGGUGACCAUGAGCGGGUCUGAGGAGACAUCCAUCUCAACCAAGUCUUCAGUAGAGCCUGAUCCUCACCAAGCCCCGUCUACCCUCUACCCCCAUGGGGAACCAAGCUCAGUGUGGUUGCCCUUAGAUGGAUCUGGAUCCCAAGAGUUAGACCUAGGUGUCCUCCACGAAAUGCAAACAGAGAGAUUCCCCACCUCCGAAUACUCAACAUCCAGCCCAGCACAUCACAUAUCUGCCUCACCGGGUGCCACCAGCAUCCCAAGUAAGCCGCAAACACACGUUCCGCAUUCGAGCAGCAGCUCACUUGGACUGGAUCAUUCUGAGGAGCAUGGACUGGAAGUGUUCUCGACAGCAGCUGUGCACUCAGCACCACCAUAUGGGACCUCACCGGGAACUUCCUCUGCUAGGCCAGAGGGAAGCACCAGUCUAGACGCUCAGGGUUACGUCCUUCCAGAGAGAUUGGAAAUUCCAAAAGAAGUAGAGCUGUCACCAGGGGAGUUGGAUGAGGAGCACCUUGGGUCCGGAGGGGAAACAGUCACUACCGAGUCUUUAGACCUCUCCACCAACAUCCAGCUGCUCCCUGAAGUAACUACAGUGGGCUAUCAAACAACAACUAUGUCCAGAACAGUUCUGCAUCCCGGAAACACAGACCUGGAAGAAGACAAAAGUGGACAAGUGCGAGGCACUGAUGAACCGUCCAUCAGAAAAGAGGUUCUCCCUCUUGAGUCACAAACAUCUAGCUGGGCCCUAAACCACAGCACCUCUGCACCUCAAGAGUUUCGGGAUGAUUUUGAAUAUAGUGGAGAAGCCUCUUCCCAGACAAAGCUUCUAGACUCUUCAGCGGAACCUGAUGCGUUUGGUUCCGACUCCUUAUCCACCUCAAUUACGGAUCCCACUGCAGCCACCAUGUCCACAUCCUCUGAGUGGGUCAUGCAGACCGGGAGUCCUUCCACCACCUCCACUACACAAGAUGUUCCCAAAACAUCAGAACAAGAGAGGGUGACAGCAAUUAUGCCGCCCGUGAAUCAAGGCCAGGCGGAUCUGGAAUUCGGCAUCACUCAGCCACCCACGCUGCUCAUCUUGCCCAAUGAGAGGGCUGCCGUGGGCGGUGCCAGGAAGAUUUCAGAUGCUUGUCUGGUGGACCCCUGCGCUAACGGUGGCACCUGCGUUGAGGUGGGUGGGAGCAGCAGAUGCCUCUGUUUGCCCAGCUACGGAGGUGACCUUUGUCAGACAGACCUGGAGCAGUGUGAGGUUGGCUGGCAGAAAUUCCAUGGAAACUGCUACAAGCACUUCACCCAGCGUCUGAGCUGGGAGGUGGCAGAGCAGCACUGCCGAAUGGUCGGGGGCCACCUAAUGUCUAUCAUGACGCCUGAGGAGCAGGACUUCAUUAACAAUAACUAUAAGGAGUAUCAGUGGACUGGACUGAAUGACAAGACCAUCGAGGGGGAUUUCCGUUGGUCUGAUGAUAAUCCAUUGCUCUAUGAGAACUGGUACCGGGGCCAGCCUGACAGUUACUUCCUGUCUGGAGAGGACUGUGUGGUAAUGGUGUGGCAUGAUGCCGGGCGCUGGAGCGAUGUGCCCUGCAACUACCACCUGGCCUACACCUGCAAGAAAAGCACAUCAUCGUGUGGCGUGCCCCCUAAAGUUCAAAAUGCAUCUGUGUUCGGCAAAAUUCGCAAGAGAUAUGAGACAGACAUGGUUGUUCGCUACUACUGUGGCCAGGGAUUCCAGCAGAGACUAAACCCUCUGGUCAAGUGCUUGCCCAGUGGUCAGUGGGAGGAGCCCCAAAUCCUCUGCAUUCCUGCGGCAGGAAGCACAGGACGCACCGCAGGAGUGACAUCACCGGCCUUAAUAAGCAAGGAGCUGGCUGAUGAGGAAGCCCGAACAACAAAGCCUCAGUACUGGGACAUCAAGUGGAAUUUAUAAGUUGGAUACCUGGUCCCAAUACACUUUAAGAGUUGUGUCUUCCUAAUUUCCUUUCCUCAUUCACCUUGGAUGUGUGCUCAACUGGUGAAAGAAAUAGGGUGAUCAUGAAGGAAAGGUGACAGGGAAAGAGUAUUGGGACACAGGGUCAGUCAGAAAUAACCUCUUACAUUCCAACUCUCCUCCCCCAAAGCACAUCGAUCUGAAUCUGUUGUUGUGAUAAUCUGGGUUUAAGGGUCUAUUGUAGCCUUACAUACGAGGCUGCACAUUAUAUUACUAUAAUCCAUAACUUCUUGUCUUCAAGUUUUAAAAUAGGUUGAAAAGAUGAAAACAUCUGAAAUAACCUUAUAACCUCAGCUGUGGUAAACCUUGACAGAUCACUUGGGUGCCCUUUACCACUGGAUUCAGUUUGGUUCAGUUUGUAGAAAAUGUUGGUUUAGAUAGUUUCUUUAGAGAAAACCAUGCAUUGUACAAUCAAGAAGAUCGGAAAAGAAGUAAUGUAUUAUAGAAAUGCCUUCAAAAUAACAGGAUUUUGGAUAACGGGUAAGCUUAAAAACCUUUCACCAAAAAUUUUCAGAGCUCCACCAUGUAGUGCAUUAGCAUGAGUUACUGUAGGUUACAUUUGAUGUGCAGUUUCCAAUGUAGGGUUAGGUUACUUGCUGGUUUUAAACAGGCCUCAGCACAUUAAUGGUGUUCAAAGAUCUUAUCUUCAUAGUUUAUACAUGUCAGUAGUCAAUCAGUGUUUAAUUAAUAUUAAAUCAAAACCACCCAUCAUAUAUUCAAUUACAGCUGGUCUGUUUGUAAUUCCAUUUCCUCAGACUGUCUUUUCAUCCAGACUAGUCCUACUUCAAUACCACUACUCUAGUAUCAGAUGGCUGGGUGUGGCAACUACCUACAGUGGGUGUGGCUACUACCUAUGAGAGGGCUAGGUGUGGCUUCUACCUACAAGUAGGUGUGGCUACAACCUAUGAGAAGGCUAGUUGAGGCUCUACCAACUUAUGGGUAUGGCUAUGACCAGAUUGCUGAAACCAAUCAAAAUGUUUCAAAUCCUUGAGUAGACUGAACAAAAGUAUUUGAAAUAGAAACAAUUAAAAAAUCCCUACACUCCUCAAAAUGCAUAUCCAUUUUGGAAUUUUGCUUUAUUUCCAUCUCGGUCAUCUCACACCAUAGGCCUUCUUAGACUUUUGUCAUCAACAGACUUAAUAAAAAACAUGGUGCUUACUCCCUUGCUUUUGAUACAUACAUACAUGAAUGACAUAAACACAUUUUUAUAUCAUAAAGAAACAAAAUGGCACAUUUGGGCUUUAGGAACUCCAAACCAAGUAUGUUUAUAAUGCCAUUAAUGAAUAAAUUCCACUAAUGAAUAAGAAGAAUAAACAUGUUACUUUGGCUUACUUUUCAAGAUAAUUCAUUCGGUUUCUAUUUUAUACCAGGAUGAUAUAUUUUUAUAUUAACAUACAAGGAUAGUGCCAAAAUAAACUGAACACUUCAAUAAAUGUGUGAUGCAACGUGUGGAAGUAACAUUCAUCAGCUUAGGGUCAUUUAUGAAAAUUCUGAAGCCCAGUUUCCAAUUAUUUUGGCUGCCACGGUUAGAAAAGAGAUCUCAGAGUCUGUACAUUUUGACCGAAUUCUAACACAGCUUUUUGCCUCUGCUGACACUUCCAGCAAUGGUACAAGGGUGCUCCUAAUUCUCCUUAUUCUGAAUAAGACUUUGCUGUCACAAACAAUUGCAUAUAACAACUAUCAAACAGCAAUAGCAGUGAAUCCAUAUACAGUGAAAUUGUGGUACAGUGUUAAGAAGACAAAGAAAUAUACCAAACUAGUUUUGUAAGAUUACAAAACUACUUGCAUGUAGCCGACCAAAAGGCUCUCCUGCCUGACGGAUCCUGUUGUCGAGAUAAAACUGCCGGGAAAGGAACGGUCACUGUACAGCGGACCGUAACAUGUUUUGCAUGCUUGCUAUGGUUCUUUACUAACGUAAUCCGUUUCUGCCUGAUUUCUGUUUUUUUUGGGGGCGAAACUGAAUAAAGGCACUUUGCUGUAAGUUGUAUGCCCACGGUGACAAAGACAGUGUCUGAAGAUGAGAUGUCAACUGAAUGUGCGGCAUGAGGCAAAAAGGUUUUCGCAUUGGGAGAAAUCAAGUGUGCAAAAUGUUUUUUAUUGCUGAGUGUCAACAUUCUAUGUAUACUCUGUGUCCACGGAGUCCCAGUCAAACAGUCUCAACCCAAUUAACACUCAUCUGCAAUUCUGCUAUUGAAUAUGAGACACACUUUCACCAAAACACCACUGAUGGAAUAGUGCCAUAUCCCUUCUACAGAGUUGCAGAUACUCAUAGAAUCAAUGCCAUGCUAGCAGUUCUGACAGCUCAUGGUGGCCAAACUCCCUAUUUUAAUACUUUCGGUUGGUGUUUCCUUUAUUUUGGCAAUUACCUGUAUCAGUUAUAUUGAUUUGAAGUCAUUUGAAAGUAAGGUUUAGUUGCUGUCAUCAUAGAUGCCCUACACAAUAUACUGACAUUUUUCUAUGAAAAGCUUUAUGUUGUAAUAAAGUAUUUGUAGAAUAAAUUAAUGACCCAGUAUUAACCACACAGCCAUUACUGUUAAUGUUAUUUGUUUAUUCUUUCAUUGUUAGAGUGAUAGUGAUAGUCUUCCUUUCUAAACCAACUAAAAUAAAAUGAGAAGGUUCUGGGA